GGCUAGAGUGCGUUGUAGUACAACUAAGGCAAGGCUUGCGUUGUCCAUGCCGACACGGUAACAUGACACCCGGCGUGUAUAUAAGAUAGGCAAGACAUACAUUCACUUACAAUCCAACAUCUUAGAAUACUAGUCAACUUUGCCUGCUACCCAACAUGCGGUCGGUCUGGGGAAUCAUCUGUGGACAGUUCAACGCUGUACCACCCGUCGAGAACGCUGAUUUAACAGGCAAAACCGUUAUUGUCGUUGGUGCUAAUGUUGGUAUCGGCUUCGAAGCCUCGAAGCACUUCGCCCGUAUGAACCCCGCAAGGCUUAUCUUGGGGUGUAGGAGCACGACCAAAGGAACGGCAGCCAUCGAAGAGAUCAAGAGCGAGACAGGGUAUGACAAAGCUGAACUGUGGUUGAUCGACCUGGCCAAUUUUUCGUCCGUCCUCGCAUUCGCAGAUAAAUUUGACAAAGAGGGGCAGGGACUGGAUAUUCUGGUAAUGAAUGCCGCCGUGUUCCAACUCGCGUACCAAGGGACGCCCGAUGGCUGGGAGACCUCAAUCCAGGUCAACCACCUCUCGACGGCUCUCUUGUCUAUCCUCCUCACACCACACUUGAUCUCGGCUGGAGGUGCAGCCUCACUACCUUCCAGAUUGGCGAUUGUAGCAAGCGAUGUUCACUAUGUUGCUCGCUUCGAGAAAAAAGUCACGGAAGCCCCAAAAAUUCUUGAAAAGCUGAGUUCGGAAGAGUAUUGUACGCCAUCGGUUAUGAGGGCCAGAUACAACGACUCCAAACUGCUCAAUGUCUUCUUCGCUCGUGCCUUCAACUCCCACCUUCCCCAAACCACCCCACUCACCGUAUCCGCGGUAAAUCCAGGGUUCUGCUACUCCCAGCUACGACGUGACAUGUACGAUCGCUUCUUUUACAACCUCAUCAUGCGAAUCGGCGAGAUCUUACUCGCAUGGACGACCGAGGAGGGGAGUCGACAGCUUGUGUUCGCUGCCGUGGGUGCGAGGGACAAAGAGGGAGAGGAAAGGAUGAAGGGCGCAUUCAUAAGUCAGUCGAAGGUAAUUGAGCCGAGCGAUUUAGUUCUCAGCAAGGAGGGCGGGGUGUUGCAGGAGCGACUAUGGAAUGAAACGAUCGAGAUCUUGUCUGAGAUAUCGCCUAGGGUCCGAGAGAUUGUUAACAAUUACCUUCAGUAGUGCCUCGAGGUUUAUGGAUCGAUUGGUCUCGUCAGACUUCAGAUGUAAAUACUUGUGCUUUAGUCUCUGCUUUAAGCCUGCCAUCGUGUUGUUUUCCUCGGUGAAGUGCUUCGUACUUGUGCAUCGCGAUUCACUAUAGACAUGAUGCAGGCUGUCCAUAGGAAAGACUUUUGAGAGC